UUGGUUGCGAUCUGCGGGGACAGUCGACAGACUCUCGAGGGAACAUUUAGCGAAGUGGGGAGGAAAACAAAGUUGACAAGUUUCACCAACCGAGGGAUGGGAAUGAUUGGGAAUCGUUGAACCGUACUUCAUCGGUUUUAAAAUCUGUACCCGUCGGGAGGUUUCCUUCACCGACGCCCAACCCCAAACAACCUCCUAACAGGAAGCAGACGCCAGGCGAUUGCUUACUCCCGUCAGCGAGGCGCCGUUGGGCGCGCGGGGCUGCGCAGAAUCGGCGGCUCGAAAGGAGUGCGGUGGCUGCUGUCCGGACAUGGGGAAGAAGCACAAGAAACACAAGUGCGAGUGGCGCUCCUACGAUGAUGAAAUUUAAACUGAUACGCAAGGUGGGAAAGAAUUUAUGGAAUUUUCCAGGAAAAGAAGGGCUGCAAUUCUAGUUUCUAGGCCCAUGGCUAUCAAGACAAACAAGAAUGGAUCACCCAGUUAUUUGUCUCAUUGCUGCUUUGUUGACAAACCUCCUGAAAAGCCACUUAAGCUGGUACUGAAGGUGGGGGGAAGUGAAGUUACUGAGCUAUCUGGAUCAGGACACGAUUCCAGCUAUUAUGACGACCGGUCUGAUCAUGAGCGAGAACGGCACAAAGACAAGAAAAAAAAGAAGAAAAAGAAGUCAGAGAAAGAUAAGCACAUUUCAGAUGAAGAACGUAGGAGAAGGAAGGAAGAGAAGAAGCGAAAACGUGAAAAAGAACAUUUGGACAGCGAGGCUGAUGCUGAUGAGUUUGAUCCAGGAAAAAGGAUUGAAGUUGAACCCCCAACAGAUCGACCAGUCCGAUCAUGCAGAACAAAAGAACAAGUGGAAAGUGAGAAUACACCUCUGCAGCAGCUAUUGGAGCACUUUUUGCGGCAGUUACAAAGAAAAGAUCCUCAUGGAUUUUUUGCGUUCCCUGUUACGGAUAGCAUUGCACCUGGUUAUUCUAUGAUAAUCAAACAUCCAAUGGAUUUCAGCACUAUGAAAGAUAAAAUCCUAGCAAAUGAAUACAACUCCAUUACAGAAUUUAAGGGUGACUUCAAACUAAUGUGCGAUAAUGCAAUGACUUACAACCGGCCUGAAACAGUGUACUACAAGGCAGCGAAGAAGCUACUUCAUACAGGAUUUAAAAUGAUGAGUAAAGAACGUCUGUUAGCUUUGAAGCGCAGCAUGACAUUCAUGCAGGAGAUCGAUUUUUCUCAGCAGGCAGCACUGUUAGGGGAUGAAGAUAUAGCACAAGAGGAAACUGUUGCAGAAGUUACUGUGGCACCUGUUGAAACGACAACCAAGAAAUCGAAGAAACAAAUUAAAGAAGUCAUAAGUUACUUUAAUGAGCCAGAAGGGAAUGCAUGCAGCUCAACAGACAGUACAGCUGAAGAACAUGUCCUAGCCUUGGUGGAACAUGCAGCGGAUGAAGCUCGAGACAGAAUUAGCAGAAAUGCAGCCAAUAGCAAGAUCGGCUAUCUCAAAAAGGAGGGUGAUGGGCCUCUGCUCUUUGCUGUUGUAAACCAGUCAGAUCCAGAAACUGAAGAGGAAGAGGUUCACCAAGUCGAUCUAAGUUCCCUUACAACUAAACUCCAACCAGGUAUUAAUACAAUGGGAUUUAAAGAUGAUCGAAGGAAUAAAGCUUUAUCAGUUACUUACCUGAACUGUGUGUAUACAGCACAGUCCAUAGAAAACAAUACCAUCUUCCCUAACCUUACCCCAGAGGAGACUGAGCUGCUGUAUUCCACCUAUGGAGAAGAGACUGGGGUGCAGUGUGCCUUAAGUUUACAAGAAUUUGUUAAAGACUGUGGAAGCUCCACAAAGAAAAUGGUGGAUGAUUUGUUGAAUCAGAUCACUGCGGGAGAACAUUCCAAAGCUGUUUAUCAUUUAUCACAGAAAAGAAAUGUUGAACAAAAAGCAAGUAAAAAUAUUGAUAUGAGCCUUGAAGUUCAGGCGCCAGCAAUUUUCAUUAAAGAGGAGCCUAAACUGCAGCCUGCCUGUCCAGAAGCAUCUAAACCAUUAAUGGCUGGAGGGGCAAAUGGUGGUGCAGGUGACAACCGGGCUGGCUUGGAUUUCAUUCCUGUGAAGUCAUAUUCUGAUGUCUCCUUGGAUAUUUCUUUAUUGAACUCACUAGGGAAAGUAGUGAAGAAGGAACCUGAUCAUGAUGAUAACCAGAGAAAUCUGGAUGAGACCACCAAGUUGCUGCAGGAUUUGCAUGAGGCUCAGACAGAACGUGUUGGUUCCCGACCUUCCUCAAACCUCAGCUCAAUCUCCAGUAACUCCGACCGUGAGCAGCACCACCUAGGGAGUCCUCCUCACCUGAGUGUUGGUGAACAGGGAGAUCUGGUUCAAGACUUCCACGAAUUCCUUCAGUCUCCGAGUAAUGCAGCUGCAGGCACCCUGAACCGGAGUAGUGAAAACACCUAAUACAUAUACUGUGGUGAAAGUACGCCAUCCUAUUAAGCAGAAGAACAGAUUCUUCCUUGUUACUUACAGACCUGAGCAUGUGAAAGAGACCUUCCAAUAGCUUCAAAGUAUAAGAUGGACAUUUUCUAACUUCAGUCUCCUGCAACUUAGGAAGUCUCCAGUUCUCCGUUCAGUGUGCAUUGAACGAACAGAAGUUAUUGGAUCAUGCAACAUAUUGUCCAAUCUGUACAUAAUCCACAAAUGUUUAUGCUGUGUGAAUUGAGAAAUUUUCCCUUGGUUUUGUCAGGUAGGUGUGUUGUAGCAGCUUUCAAAGUCUGUACAGUUUUUUAAAACUAGCUUUGUAUGUUGAAUUCCUCAGUCCUAAUCUUGUUCACAAGUGUUGAUUAGUGUGCAUUUUUUUGAACAUCUGUUCACCUUUUCAAAAACUUUGUGGAAUCUUGAUACUUCAAUGGGACAAUGUCACAAUGAAUUCCACUCCAGUCUGGACCAGCAUUAAGUCAGCUGAGAAAAUAUACAACAAACCUCAAAAAGGUUCCAUGAAUACAAAAAUAAAGGACAGUGAAUGCUGGAAAUCUGAAAUUUAAAGCAUAAAAUGGGGGAGAAGCUCAGCAGGUCACUUAGCAUUUUUAGACCACAGACAGUGGACCUUUUCAAGUUGUGACCCUUUCAUCAAAAGUGGAUCCUUGAUAAGGAUUCUGAUUUUCCUCCUCUUUAACAGAUGACAGGGCUGGGAUGUCAAGAUUUGUACAUGCCUUACAAAGAUAAAUGAGAUGCUGGUCACCAUCUCGGUUUGCUGUGGCUUUAACAUUAAGUUGAAUGGCAACUUAUUUAAACACGUAUGUAAUAAGAUUUUUAAAAAGUAUACCAGUAGACUUUUCGAAUCUGGCUAACAAAAUAUUUCUAACGAGUGAUCCUGACUGAAGCUGUUGAAAUUGUGAUGGACUUAUCAAAUGUAAUUGGUUAGGAGAAUUUACACGUUUUUUUGGCUACCACAGUUGUCUCUGUGUGUUGGUAUUGAUUAACUGCUGCUCUGUUUUAUUUUUUGGCUUUUGCCAACUUGGCCAUUUGAGGCCUGACCCCUCUUUUUUUGGGGUCCCUACAUUAUUAUUUAGUGGUAAGGUUAUCCAAAGUCUACAGAUUGGGUCAGUGACUAUAAGAGCAAAACUCUAUCGCAACCUCUCCAGCUUUAUCAUUCAUUUUUCCUCUAUUUAAAUUAGCUAGCCUUUUACAAACCUACUCUGACCACUGCCAAGUUUCUAAGAGUUGUUUGUUUCUGUUACACUCUCAGAAAGCUUAUCUACCCUGGUAUAGCACUUGAUUUCACACUAUCAAUGUUCUGCAGUUUGCUCAACAAUAUUACUUCAGGAGGUUUACUGAACACAGUAUUGAUUGUCUUAAUGCUUCAGGACAAUUCACACUGAAAUCGACAAGAUGUUGACAUGUCAAUGUCAUAGUGUGGACUGUACUAAUUCGUUGCUUUUCUUUGUUCCCAACACCAGUAUUUCACUACUGCUCUGUGUGUACUCAAAAUUCUUUACAAACACCAUCCAAGCUUAGAUAUGCUGAAAUGUGACUUGGUAAGUUUCAUUGUUCAAGUGAACAAAAUAUCACGUGCCCUCCAUCAUAGUUUCUGACAAUAUGUGGAAACACGAUGUUUGUAAGAAAUGGUUUUUAACUUGAUAAAUAUUUAUAAAUUAUAACUUGUAGAAAAAUGCCUUUGUAAUUGUAUAUUGUGAAUUUUAAUUUUUUUUUAUUGGAAUGAUAUUUGAAGGAGAGCCACUGAUUAUAAAACCAUUGCAAAGAAAGAAAAAGUCACGUGGCAAAACAUUAAAUUUUCAUAAACUUGACAUUUAUCUGGGAUAAAGUAGCCAUGGUUGAUGUGCCUCCACCACCUGCUGCACAGUGGUAACAGCAUGUACCAUAUACAUAUACAAUGCAACAACUUGCCAAGGAUCCUUCAACAGCACCUGAAUGCCAAAUCUCUACCAUAUAGAAUAACUAUCAGUAAAAAUACAUGAGAAAAUCUACCACCUGCAGAUUUUUUUUUUCCCCCAAACCAUUCCCAUCCUGGUUUGGAACAAUAUCAAGUGUUGCUGGGUCAAAUUCCUGGAACUCUGGUGUACUUAACUGCAGGCUGUAUUGGUACAAGCAGGCAACGCUCCACCACUUUCUCCAAGCCAAUUAGGGAUGGGUAACAAAUACUGACUUAUCCAGCAAAACCUAUAACCUGUGUGGUGGUUGGGGGUGGGGGCAGUGUGGUAGGAAUGUAGUGACUCGUUUUAACUAGUGUUCUGUGCCAUAGCAAACUAUUUUAUCUGUAAUUCAGCUUGAGUUUCGGCAUGUCAGCUAAAUUACUUCUAAAAUGUUCAGUUCCACAAUGUAAGCUUUUAAAAAUAAUGCAGUUCUAAGAUUGUAAUUACUGGGAUUACUUGAAACUCAAUUGCUGUUUAUGAAACUUGGCACAAAAAUGUCAAUGUUCAUUUAUUCAGUUUUCAUACAGAAUUUUUAGAAUGAAAUAUCAAUCCAAAUUUGUUAAAAACAUGUAAAACCUGUAACUGUUCCCUUUUUUCCUUUUAAGUAUGGCUAUGAAAUUAAGCACCCAAUUGUAAUUUUUGAAAUAUACUGUCUUGGAACUAGCAAUAGGGCUUUAUAUAUGUAUCUACUGAAUACAUUGUUACACUUUUAAGUAAGCUUAGCUCAGCGCUACCACUUAAUUGUGAUUUCUAGAUUUGAAUGUAGGGUUCGUGCCGUAUGCAAAGACCUAAGCACAUAAACUAGGCUGACACUUCAUAGUGAUAGCAAGGGAGUAUUGCACUGCCUGAGAUAUCAUCAUUGACGUGAGACGUUAAACCAAGGUUCUGUUUGUUAAGAUCCAUGGUGUUAUUGCCUGUUUAGUUUCAAACCUGCCUGGCCUACAUUUACCCAUCAAUGAAUGCCACUAAAGCAAAUCAGUUGAUCACUUAUUUCUGAGCUUUUGUAGGAUCGCAGGGCAUGCUUGUAUGCAUUGGUGCAUUUUCUACACUUCAAAACUAAUUCCUUGGCUGUGAACUACUUUUGGGGAAUCCUGGACAUGUAAAUGAUACUGGUAUAUAUGUAAGAUUAUGACUAAUUUUUCAGUUGUGUUAUGUGUUGCCAAAGAAAGCUAACAUUUUUCACUUGAUUGGUUACCUCCCUGCCACAGUGCUUUCUUGCAACAGGAUGUGGUUAAAAUGUUUUGCUCCAUUUUGAAAUGCAGCACCAUAUGAAUUCCACAUUUUUGAGGAAGGAGUUUAGUCAGCAAGUAUCUGAAUGUCUCUAAUUUGCACUGCUGUUUAUGUAUCUGAAAGAAUGGUAAUUGUAUUUUUUUUAAAAGUUGUGAUAAGGGAAUAAACUGUGACUCUGCUAGUA